GCCGCCGGCUGAGGCUUCUGACCGUGUCCGGGCGGGCGCGGGGCAGCUCUUUUCCCCCGCCGUUCCGUUAACGGCCGGUCAGCCGCCCGCUGCCCAGGUGCGCUUCUGACGGGCGGCGCGGUGUCUCGUUGCCGCUUUCUGCGGCCGGAACCGCCGCGGGGGCAGCUCUCGGGAAGGAGUCCUCGGGGAGCCGCUCUCUGCAGACCCUCUGUGAGCGUUUCCCUUCAGGGGAGGGGAACGAUACGUGAGGAGUUUCGCUUAGCGAUCUCGUUUGGUUAAUUUCCAUCGAUCGCGGCGUAACGCCUUCGUGGUUUUGAUUUCCGCCGUUGGCUCUUCAGGGCGGCUGGUAACUAAAAGAAGCAAACGGUGUGAGAAAAUGUCCCGUAAAAGCUCCAAGGAAGGCCGGAAGGUGAACAUCUCCAGCUCCCUGGAGUCGGAAGACAUCAGCUUGGAAACCACCGUCCCCACUGACGAGCUGUCCUCCUCCGAGGAGAGGGAGGGCGCAGCGCGGGUCACCAGGCAGCUGAUAGAGCGCAAGGAGCUGCUGCACAACCUGCAGCUGCUGAAGAUAGAGCUGUCGCAGAAAAACCUCAUGAUCGACAACCUGAAAGUGGAGUACUUGACCAAGAUUGAAGAGCUAGAAGAGAAGCUGAAUGAUGCAAUCCAUCAAAAGCAGCUGUUGUCUUUGCGACUGGAUAGCCAGCUGGCAUUGCAGCAAGAAGAUGCUAGAAAACAUCAGGUGCUAAUGAAACAAGAAAUGGAAACUAUUUUAUUGAGACAAAAACAACUGGAGGAAACAAAUCAUCAGUUAAGAGAGAGGGCUGGAGAUAUCCGUCGUAGUUUGCGUGACUUGGAAUUAACAGAGGAUGGCUACGAGAAGCUGAAGUCUCUGCCUGAAGAUCAGCUUUCUAUCCCAGAAUAUGUUUCUAUUCGAUUCUAUGAAGUGGUCCAUUCCUUAAGAAAAGAGCUGGGUGAUCUACAGAUGAAAAAGGAGAUGUUAACAGAAGAAGUAAGCGAAUACAAAUCCCAGCUGAAGUCUCUAACAGAGAGCUAUGAAGAUGAGAGGAGAAUUCGGUCAGAGCUCGAGGUUAAAUGCCAGCGCUUAACACUGGAACUAGCUGAUACCAAGCAGAUGAUUCAACAAGGUGAUUACAGACAAGAGAACUAUGAUAAAGUAAAAUGUGAACGAGAUGUAUUUGAACAUGAAUUGUCAGAACUCAGAAGAAAAUAUGAAAUAUUGGAGAUGUCACAUAAAGCACAAACUAAAGAAAGAAAUGAUUUAUCAAAGGAGCUGGCAACCAUACAACAAUCCCUCAACCUCUUGCAAAAAGAUAAAGAUUAUCUUAAUCGCCAGAACAUGGAGCUUAGUGUUCGCCGUGCACAUGAAGAAGAUCGUCUUGAAAGGCUUCAGAUUCAGCUGGAGGAUGCCAAAAAAGCAAGAGAAGAAAUGUAUGAAAAAUAUGUUGCAUCCAGGGACCACUAUAAAACAGAAUUUGAAAAGAGGUUGCAGGAGGAAUUGGAACAAAUAAGAUUGAAAACUAAUCAAGAAAUUGAGCAACUUCGAAGCGCUUCAAAAGAGAUGUAUGAACGUGAAAACAGAAAUUUGAGAGAAGCAAGAGAUAAUGCUGUUGCUGAAAAAGAGAGAGCAGUUACUGCUGAAAGAGAUGCUUUAAGAAAGUAUGACCAACUCUUAGAACAGUAUAGGCAAAUGCAGCUUGGCACAGAAAGCAAAGUAGCUGAACUUCUUCACCAAAGUAAGUUAAAGUCCUUUGAAAGUGAACAUAUUCAACUCAUGCAACAAGAAACAGCUAAGAAUCUUUCACAAUGCCAAAUAGAAUGUGAGAAAUAUCAGAGAAAGCUGGAGGUGCUUACCAAGGAAUUUUAUAGUCUUCAGUCUUCUAGUGAAACACGCAUUAUUGAACUUCAAACACAGAAUUCUGAGUUUCAGGCAAGACUAGAUACUUAUGAAAAACUUGAAAAAGACCUUGAUGAGAUAGUGAUGCAGACAGCAGAAAUGGAAAAUGAAGUUGAAGCUGAAAGGGUUCUCUUCUCAUAUGGGUAUGGUGCUAAUGUUCCUACAACAGCCAAAAGACGACUAAAGCAAAGUGUUCACUUGGCAAGGAGGUUACUGCAGCUAGAAAAGCAAAACUCAUUGCUUGGAAAAGAUCUGGAACAUCAGAAGGAACAAGUAACACAGAUUUCACAAGAGCUUGACAGAGCAAAUUCUUUGUUGAGUCAAGUACAACAGCCAUACAAAUACCUCAUUGAAACUGUGCAACAGAGAGAUUCUCAAAUAAGUGUACAGAAGGAGCAUAUUGCAGAACUUGAAAAAGAUAUCAGGACGUUGACUGUGUGCUGACAUUCUGCAGUGGAGCUGAGGUCUGACUGGGAGGAGGCCACUUUGUAUACUUGUGAACCAUGUACCUGCAGAUAUUCUGAGGUCUUGAAUGACAAGGCACCUAGAGGAUGAAUGUAUAGGUCCACAUAUUUCAAAAUACUCUAUUAAGUAACCUCUCAUUUAUGUUAGCUCAAAUAGUACUUAUUAAUAAAAGUAAACAGUGAUGGUUAAUAAGAGCAGUUGUGUGUAUGUGGAUGACUCCUUCGUAUUAUAAAGAAAGCUCUCUAGCAUGCAGUUCUUUAACCAGAAAUGAAAACACUACAUUUAGCUCUCCUUUUGAAAAGAAAUGCCUUGUAACUAUGUCAUGCUGUGGGCAAACAAGACCGUGAAUUUCAUUCUUGUGUGUGUAGUGAAGUAAUUGUAGUUUUGGUACAUAGUUUUGUGCUGAAACAGUUAGGUAUAUAAAUAACUGGAGACAUUACACAGGACUUCAUUCAUAAAGAGAGAAUAUUUAUUUUAAAUGUACUCAAGUUUCUCCAUACCAAUGGCUGAUUUUAAAAGUGGUUCGCUUAUCCAAAAGCACUCCUCAAAAGCCUAACUGUGUGGCAAAUCUAGAAGCAGUACAAGGAUUUUGCUAAGAAGCUGUGUGCUGAAACGUUUCUUACCUAAACAUUUUGGGUUCCCUAAUUGCCUUCCAAACAUUAUAAAGCUCAGCAUACAGUGUUAGUUGACUUUUUCCCAUCAUAGAAUGAGCAAUGAGCUUUUUGUGAGAAUAUUGCCAUUCUGUUAAAUAUGCAUCAUCUAUCCAAACACUAAUGUAAGCUACUUGUGAAACAACAGUUGUGCAACUGUUUUUUUUUUCUACAAAUGUAUGUUUACUGACCCAUAUUACAAUUUACAUAAGUACAACAUAAAUAUAUAUAUAGUUGGAUUUGUUUGUUUGUUUGUUUGUUUACUUACUAUUUAAAAAAGAAAUCCUUUUUCAAUUUGGACACUACACAGACUAGAGUUCUUAAGCCACCUUAAGUAAUCCAGUUGAAAUCAUCAAACAGCAGACUUCUAAAUGUCUUUGAUCUGUGGUUAUUGUGCUACAGCUGCACAAUGAGAACUCACAAAUUUUUCAUGUAGUCUCUUCUCUAAAGAACUUUUAUUUGAAAACUCUAUAAUAUCUCUCUUUAUAACUGCAUGAAUUAAAAAGAAAACUGCUUAACAGUUCAAAACUGGCUGCCUACUCUGAGCUCAUCAUCAUUUGCAGAGAAGGGGUAUACUCACAUUAUAGAUUUAGUUUUCUGUACAAAGACAUCCUAUAUACUAUUUUUAAUCUGAUUUUUUUUUGUGAUAUUUGAAUAUGAUAAUAAGAUGCAAAGAAAUAAUCCAAGAUUGAACUUAAAUUUUCUUCUUCGUUGUACUAUAACUUGAAAGUAACAAACAUAAAGGUACAAUCCUUAUUUCAUAAACGCUUGGGAUCCACAGUACUACAGAAAAGAAACCUACUUUUUGUCAAACUCAAUAGAAGCAAUAAUAAAAACCAGUAGUACCUAAAACUAUGUUUAUUUAGUGUGUCCAGCACAAGCAUAUUAUCCAGAACAUUUAAUAAUAGAAACUUCUGAAUAGGCUAAUAGCUGGUAUUCUUAGACCAGAGAUUUAAAAGAUGCUUUAAUUGCCCAAAUUCAAAUUUAAUGCUUUAAAGUCUGAGACUAGGAAAUGUUAGUCUGAAUUCCCCAGAAAAAAACACAUUACCUAAAAACUUACUAUGAUAUCUAAGUUAGAUGGCCUGUAGAUCCCAAGGAAAGCAAACCAAAACAAGGCAGUAGUUGCAGUGUGCCAUGUGUAUGCAUGAGAUAAGUGUAUUCCACGUUUCUGGUCCCUGGAUUCAUAUCUGGCUAGGUCUUGAAAGUGUCAUGGAAUGCACACAGAAAAAGCAUGAGCUCCCCUGCUGUAACUUUAGGCCAUUCUCUCUAGUCCUGUCACUGUUACUAGAGAGGAGAUCAUCACCCACCUCACCACAACUCCUUUCAGAGUUAUAGAGAGCAAUAAGGUGCCCUCUGAACCUCUUCUUCUCCUGACUGAACUAUCCCAGCUCCCUCAGCCGCAUCCCAUAAGGCCUGUGCUCCAGACCCCUCACAGCUUCAUUGUCCUUCUCUGGACACGCUCCAGGGCCUUAAUGUCUUUCUUGCAGUGAGGGACCCAAAAAUGACAGCAAUACUCAAGGUACGGCCUCACCGAGCUGAGCACAGAGGGACAGUCACCUCCCUACUCUUGCUGGCAACGCUAUUUCUGAUACAAACCAAGAUGCCAUUGGCCUUCUUGACCACCUGGGCACACUGCUGGCUCACGUUUAGCUGUGUGUCGACCAACACUCCUAGGUCCAUUUCUUCCACACAGUCUUCCAGCCACUCCAUCCCAAGCCUGUAGCAUUGCCUAGGGCCAAAGCUGUGGCCAAAGUAUAGGACCCAGCACUGAGUAUUAUUGAACUUCAUCCCGUUGGCCUCAGCCCUGAGAUCCAGCCUGCCCAGAUCCCUCUGUACGGCCUUCCUACCCCCAGGCAGAUCGACACUUCCUGCCAACUUGGUGUCAUCUGCAAUCUUAGUGAGGGUACACUCAAUGCUCCCAUCCAGAUCAUCAAUAAAGAUAUUGAACAGGACAGGCCCCAGCACCAACCCUUGGGGAACAUCCCUUGUGACCAGCAGCCAGCUGGAUUUAACUCCAUUCACCACCACUCUCUGUGUCCAGCCCUCCAGCCAGUUCUUUACUCAACAAAGAGUAAGCUAUGGGCUGCCAGCUUCUCCAGGUAUACUGUGGGAGACAGUGUUAAAGGCUUUGUUGAGGUCUAAGUAGACUACAUCAACAGCCUUUCCAUCUUCAGCCAGGUAGGUCACCCGAUUAAAGAGUGAGAUCUAAUUGGUCAAGGACCUGCCUUUCAUGAAUCCAGAUCAGUAGAGUGAUCUUUUUGUGAGGUCACAGUUUUUCUACCAACGUGAAGAGAGGGUACUAGUAUGUGGUUAGGGAUAGGAAAGGCUGACCUUUGAACAGCAGGUUUCACUUAAGUCAGCUGAAAUGAACUUUAAAGGAACUGCUGUCUGCUUUGUUACACCGCAAAUUAAAACUGGAUUAGUUUAAACGGCUUGUUGAUGGACAUGUGAGAUGGCUUAAAGUUAAAACCUCAUUGACCUCUUAUAUCCAAGAUACCUGUUAGAACAUUUUCUUAACAGGGACUGAAAUGGUCUUCUUCCCCAAAGUGAACUUUCAGGAAGUUUUACUUGGUCAUUAUAGGUGUGAAUUUAUUAACAAUCUGAUAAGUCCACUUUUUCAUCAUGUUAAAUGUAUAUAUGCCUCUUUUGCAAUAUUCUUUUGGAAGUGUAUGAAUUAUUUCCUUCUGACAGCAAUGAUGAAAAAGCAUAAUUAUUGCAGAACUACUAAAUCUGAAGUCUGUGUGUGCUUUGGUAAUUCUGCAUUCAUAGGGUUUUUACAUACAACAGAAAACACAUAAAGUGCUACUGAAUGACAUAGCAGUCUAAUUCCUGUAUUUUAUCAAAAACAAAGAAAAUUAGAAUAAUACUGAGACUGCUCCACAUGUGUUGGUGUUGUCAUUCCUUCAUAAGAUAUAACUGGUAUAACUAGAAUAGGUUUUACUCUGUGGAUGAAAUUAAACCCUGAACAUGAAUUUCUGGUUAGUCAUGAACACUGAUGUAUGUGCUUAUUCAGUACACUAUUUAAGGCAUACAGGAACUUUUUAUUAUUGCUUCUCUAAUAAGUUUGUGAGUCACUGUCUAAAACGAUUGGUUUCUGCUCUGAGGAAAUCCAAGAAAAACUUUUGUAUCAGUAAAUUACAACAAAUGAACCCAAGAAAAAACAGUACAGCAAUUUUAUGAUCAUUAAAAAUGUCACAGAAAAUAAAACUCUUGAAAAUAGUAUAAUAUCUUUGCAGUUUCUCAUAAAUGUCACUAUUAGCCUGUAAGUAACUGAGCAAGGCAGCUAAGCAAUUUGACCACAAUAAACAAAAUCUCAGAGUACUAAUGAAUGCCAGAAGAAAUUGACAGCCAAAGUCUCCAAUACAGAGCGUGUAAGAAAAUUCCAGAAAAUCUCUGGAACAAAGAAUGGUGUUGUUUACUUGAAACAAGCGGAUGUUACGCAUACAACUGAAGAAAAUGUUGAUUUAUUUUGUUGAUCAUUUCUGGAUCAAAUAUUGGGAAUACUAAAUAAUUUGCAUUUGCAAUAUAUAUAAUCGCUCCACUCAAUUUCUAAAAUUUUAAUACAUUUGCUUUUGAAUUCAUGAUCCGAUUCAGUACUGCAUGUUUGCAUUCCAUAAGCAGAGUUGAAUUUUGCGUAGUUGCUGAUGUAUAUUACAGUUAAUACUGCAGAACCUGUUUAGGUAGGUCACAGUAAUGGUACAACAUUGUUCUACUAAGAAAAAUUCCGUCUAUUUUAAGAAAAUAGAUUAUGUCCAGACAUUAUGUAUGCAUUAGCGUGAAGUUUAUUAUUGGAAACUGUUGUUUGAGAUAAAUAUGAAAAUAUAUUUAGCUAUAUUAGAUGAAUUGCUACCUAGAAUCAGAAUGUGUACGCAAAACAAAAUGUUCAUAUUAUAUAACUGUUUAAAAAAGGGCAAUUAAAGCUAAAUUUGAUGUUGCGUGCAUCUAUGCUAAAAUAGUUUUCAUGCUGUUUGUAAGAAAAACUUGAUUCGAGUCUCUUGUAAUGUAAAGUAAAAGAAAAUGCAUUUGAAAUUUCUGCAGAAACUGCAGAGCUGAAAGCAGAAGCUGCAUCUUGAUAUUUCUUGUAUUUAUUUUCAAAAUUCUAAAUACAGUAGUAUCAAAAGAGGUGAUUUUGCACAGGGUGAUUUCUGCUGUGCUAGUGAUGCAAAUAGAAAAAGGAAUUUUGAUAUUGAAAUCAUGGGUACAACAAACCUUGCAUAGCUUUUGAAAUCAACUCCUUCUGCUAAGAAUAAACCAAUAGAAAAUAAUAGAAGGUUCUGAUAAUUUUUAAAUUACCCUUCAGGGAAUUAAAAAAAAAAUGAGUAGAAUUACUUGACUAAAUAAGAUUUUGUAUACAUCACUGCAUUUAGGUCCAUUUAUAAAAAUUCCAGCGCUUAAGGAUAGAGCAGGAUCAUCUGAUACAAUUACUUGAGCAGAUUUUCAUUGUUGCCAAUAUUUAGCUUUAGAAAAUGCAUGUUUCAACCAGAAUACAAGAUUAAAAGAGAUUAUCUGUUGCUAUUACUGUAUUUCCUAUCCUCUUUUU